AUGGCGGAAUCUUCGCCAGUCAGUCCCAAAGUACGGAGGACUGGCGUAGCAAUACUCGGUUCCGGCCGAGCCUCCACGCCGGCGAUUGCCACAAUCUCCGUUUCAAUUGCCCUGGUGCUGCAGGCCUACAAUCACGGCAUCGAUGCAAAUGUGUUUCCGA